CGCGCGGGAGCGGUGAGCGGUGAGCGGUGAGCGCUAUAAACCGCCUGUCGGACGCUGGGUAACGUCGGUGAGGUGGGAAAACCCGGAGGCUUCGGCUGCAACGCGCCCCGUGUGCAGGAUUUAACCAGGGACCCCCGGCCUGAGCAGCCCCGGGUGACGCAGCUUCCCCGUCCACGCUCUGUUGCUUUCGUUAGGCUGUCGGCAGCGUCUGCAGGGACCAGGAAACCAUCCCGGCACAUAAAUGCGGCAUUCGGUCUGAUCCGUUGUUGUCUGUCUGGAAUUUCACCAGGGAACGCUCCUCAGAGAAAUGGCAGAAAAGGUGAAUAACUUCCCUCCGCUCCCCAAGUUCAUCCCUCUGAAACCGUGUUUCUACCAGAAUUUCGCUGAUGAAAUUCCCAUCGAUUACCAGUCUCUGGUGAAGAGGAUCUACCACGUAUGGAUCUUUUACUGCGUCACGCUAGCGGUGAACAUAAUCGCGUGCCUGGCGUGGUGGAUCGGAGGAGGCUACGGGGCCAAUUUUGGUUUGGCCAUCCUCUGGCUGGUCCUCUUCAGUCCCUGCGGCUACGUCUGCUGGUUCCGACCCGCGUACAAAGCCUUCCGGUCGGACAGCUCGUUUAACUUCAUGGCCUUUUUCUUCAUCUUCGGCGCCCAGUUUCUCCUCACGGUCCUGCAGGCGAUCGGGUUCUCCGGCUGGGGAGCUUGCGGCUGGUUGGCAGCCAUUACUUUCUUCAGCACCAACGUUGCGGCCGCUGUGUUCAUGCUGUUCCCCGCCGUCAUGUUUACGAUGUCCGCGGUCGCGAUGCUCAUCUGCAUCGUAAGGGUGCACAAAAUCUACCGGGGGGGCGGCGGCAGCUUCCAGAAGGCUCAGGACGAGUGGCACAGCGGCGCCUGGCGGAACCCGCCCAGCAGGGAGGCCCAGUACAGCAAUUUUUCGGGGAACAGCCUGCCGGAGUACCCCACGGUGCCCAGCUACCCCCCGGGAAGCCAAUGGCCUUGAGCCACCGCUGCAAACUGCCUGGAUUAUCUGCUUUUGUUGGUCUUUUAAUUAUUGUUUUUGAAAAGAUCAUUUGCAUUCCCUCCCCACAAGCCCCCCAGUCGUCGUGUGGACUGUUUGGUUUGAUCUCGCCCCCGCAGAAGACGCGUGCCGUCAGCCCUCGCGCCCAGCUCUGCGCGGCCCUGCCAGAACGGGGGUUCGUUCUUUGCGUUGGGUGACCCGUAUUUGCCUCGUUGCAGACUGAGGGACCGACCAGCGCUGCCCCGUUGGAGGGAUCCUCUCCUGACCGUGUCUCAAAGCCGAUCUCCCCGCGAUGGCGAACGCCGUAACCGCUCCUUCUCCCACCUCCCCGCUCCGUUCUCAUCAAGCGCCGCGCACGCUUGGUGACAAACGCAGUCAGAGCAUUAGUGGCAACUGGUGUUCACUCUCCUGGAUGAAUAAGCUGGAAUUUUUUACUCUAAGGGAAACGCGACACCUAAAUGAUUCGGUACUAGUGAUAGCAAAGGUAUUUGUAAAACCUACAACCUCACUUGCUGUGCUCUCUGUGAAGAAUCCUUAGGCCAUGGUGCUCGCGGUGGGCGCGGGGUUCAGAUGUGAAGUCCCCCAGAGCCCUCACGUGCCCGCUGGGACUGUUGUGACGCCACAACUCGCGCUUUCCCCGCUGCCAGAGGUUCUUGUCAGAUCUGUGUGCUUCAGAGGUGCAGAUCCAUCUCGUUUGCUAACGAUCGCUUGCUAAAGGCCGGUUCCAAAGCUGGAGGCUGCGGAGAAGCUGGUGACGCCGGGGACGUUCGGCCUGGCAGCGCGAGAUCUUACGUGGCACCCAGGUUUUGUGCUGCCCCAAGAAACGCUCGACCAGACGCGGCUCGUGCUGCCCCUUCCCUGGGCGCCCGGCCAGCGGGGCCGGGGUCGCUGCUGAUCUCCGCCCGGGCCCCGCUGUGCUGCCGGAAGAACUCUAGUACGGUGAAAAGUUUUAAUUCUGCAGUUGAAAUCCAAACAUUAUGGGGUCUGGUAGAGCAGGAGAGCUUGUGCGUCCUCAGAACCGUUACCUGCGUAGCCAGCAGCACUUUCCCCGGUGCACGAGCAGCAGAUUCUCCUGCCGUUCUCAAGAAUCGGCUCUCGAGAGGACAGCGCUGUCGGGAGGGGUUGUUCACAUCCACCUCGUCCAUCUCCGUUCCUGCAGCCUGAGCCGUCCCGCCCCCGCGUCCCGCACCCCCCAUCCGCGCAGCAGGUUUUCCUCUCCCCCAACAGCCCGCUGCGAUUCUUUUUUUCUCGGACCUGUCAAAACUGGGGGAUCAGCUCCCGGUGUUUUUGUAGGUGCGAGUGUUGGAAGGUUUUGGCUCAGAAGGUUUUGGCCAACGGUCCUGUGAAGGAUGGUGGAGAGGUGGGAGGCGUUGGGCUCCCCAUGGGACAGACCUGUCUGGCUGUCGGAUGGGACGCCAGAGAUGUUAUAGCGUAAGCGGAGUCACUCCGAAUUCACACUGAGUAACUGGAAAAAUAGAACUGGUUCCUGGAAAGGGCCAGGGAGCUUGUCCUAGCUAGGUGGAAUUGAUUUGCAAGUGAUCUUUUGAAAACUUGUCUCUACAUGUGCCUUAUCUAAUAAAACAACAGCUCACAAGGGAGAACUUGGCUUCCCCGUCGCUCCCGCGGCGCUUCCCGCUUGCUCUGCUACGCGUUCUGUCCGCGCUGUGAGCGCUCAGCGCGCUCGGGGUCGGAGGACGGCUUUGCCGGCGGCGCCGGAGCGAACGUGCAUCGCAGGGCAGAGCGCCCGGGUUUCUGCUCUCGGCAGCUCUGCAGACCGGCCUCUCUGCUCUCGGGUAUUUAACAUGCUCCAGCACGAGGGGUUCUUUUCUUGCGAGUGCGCAAUGUGCUUUUAAGUACAAUCGCUUGAAGCUUUCUUACCAGAACACAACCCCAUCGCAUUGCCAAGCUUUUAGGUGCCUUUGUCGUGUGUCAGGUGUAAUGUGAAGUGUCCUGUGCCACUUGCCGUCGGAGAGGGAUGAAGGAGCUGCCUGAGGGGUCACUCCCUGGCCAUACGGUUGCAGGACGGGGCAGCGAGGGGCGCGGGCCGGACGCAAGGUCGGCCGCGCUCGGGAGCCGGAGCACCGUGUACCCGCGUCCCCCCGGCCCUGCCCCGCGCCGCCCUCAGCUCCUGCCAAAACCUGCCAGAAGCGACUGGUGUCUGCCCUUGGCUCUCGUGUGCCAGGCCAGGGCUUGUGAAGGAAUUGAGAGAAGUGUUACAAGUGUUACCCGGACUCCAUGCCCUGUAUUUCUUUUAACCCGGGGGGCUGUUUUGAAGCCCCCCCAUUGGAAAUGCUCGAUGCAGGAGAGGAGCCAGACACCAGAGCCGCGCCCGUUACCAGUCACUGCCUGGGACCUCUCCAGAGCUCAACCGAACCUCUCGGGGUGGGACCUGCCGCUUCUCGUCCCCCCGUCCUCUCGGGUGCCAGAAGCCGGAAUUCCAGAACGCUGAGUCAAUGCCCUGCCUGCGCUACCGUGGCUUUUUGGUUUUUGACUCCUGUAUGUUUUUAGAUGUUUACAUUAGAUUUCUAAGACUCGUUAACACCGCUGACCUGGACCCGGCCCCGGUUUGGUCAGCAUCCCGUGGCGUGUAUGUGUGCGAUAUUUUCAUGUUACUCGUGGAGCUCUGGCUUUUGUUUGUGUUUUUUUCCUCCUGAUCACAAGACAAUAAAUGCUCAUCCUGUGCUUGAUGAGAAGAA